CAAAAACCCAAAACGUGGACUCACAAUCACUCUUCACUCCUUCCGUCCAAAUUCACCCUAACCCCUUCGCCUUCAUUCUUCACUCUCUGAUCGGUUUUAAUGGCUUCACCUGCGUGGUUGCCACAGGAGGCACAGCCACCUGUGUCCGUUGAAACAUCUCUACCACUACCUGUGGGUUCUGCUCCUUCAACUCCUGCUGCGUCUCCAGCAUCGGCCACAUCAUUCUCUCACUGCGUGUAUCAAAAUGUGAACGCUUCUGGGAAUUCUCAGCAGUCGUCGACACAUUCUGUGAUGAAGUCUAAUUCGGCAGUGAAUCCCAUGGUUUUUCAACCUCCGGUUCCUGGUCUCUCUUCACAUGCUCCACCGUCAUUUUCGUAUAAUAUUUCUCAAAGUGGUGCAGCUUUUUCUAGCAAUCAGCAUGCUCCAUCUAACACGAACAUGUUGGACUCUGUUGCACAGGAUGUUAAUAAAGUGUCAUCUGCGUCAGGUAUCCUACAUUCUGUACCUGGUCAUACUUCUAUAUCUGCAAUGCCUCCACCUGCUGACCCUAACUAUCGGCCGGCUACUUCAUGGAUGCCAACUGCCCUACCUUUUCCUAUGCAUCCUAUAAUGCCUGGAACUCCAGGGAAUCCUGGCCCCCCUGGAUUAGCUUCAGCUGCGAUAAUAUCCUCCAAUCCAGCUGCUCCAUCCACAAGCACAGAUUCUUCAGUACUCAGACAAAAUGUGCCUGCUUCUGCCAUUGCAUCAGAUCCUACCGCCCUACAGAAAGGCUUAUCCUAUCCAUCCAUACCUGCCAUGGUUGCUUCCCCCCAUGGACCUUGGUUACAGCCUCCGCAUAUGAGUGGUGUACUUAGGCCACCAUUUCUUCAAUAUCCUGCUGCUUUUCCUGGUCCCUUCCCAUUCCCUGCACGUGGUGUUACUCUCCCAGCUGUUCCAGUACCUGAUUCUCAACCUCCUGGAGUUACUCCUGUGGGUGCUGCUACUGGGGGAACUUCUGUGUCUGCUUCCAGUAAUCAGCCGAGAGGAACAGCUGGUUUGCAGACAGAAGUAAUUUCAGGCCAUGCUGAUGACAAGAAAAAAUUCAAUGCUGUUGUCACGCAGAAUGAGGAUGUUGCUAAUGAUCAAGUAGAUGCCUGGACAGCCCACAAGACUGAAGCUGGAAUUGUAUACUAUUAUAAUGCCUUGACACGACAAUCAACGUAUGAUAAACCUGCUAGCUUUAAAGGAGAGCCUCACCAAGUUUCUGUGCAGCCAACUCCAGUUUCAAUGGUGGAUUUGCCUGGUACUGACUGGCUGCUGGUCUCUACUAGUGAUGGGAAAAAAUAUUACUACAACAACCUAACCAAGACAAGCUGCUGGCAAAUCCCAAAUGAGGUGGCUGAAUUAAAAAAGAAGCAGGAUGGUGAAGUUACAAAAGAUCAUUUAAUGUCAGUUCCAAAUACUAAUGUAUUAUCUGAUAGAGGGUCUGGAAUGGUUACUCUGAAUGCUCCUGAUAUUAAAACUGGUAGUCGUGAUGCUGCAGCUCUUAAACCCUCUAGUGUACAGAGCUCAUCAUCAGCACUGGAUUUGAUCAAGAAGAAGUUGCAGGACUCAGGAACACCUGUUGCUUCGUCAUCUAUUCCUGCACCAUCAGUCCAAACAGGAUCUGAAUCAAAUGGUUCAAAAGCAGCUGAAUCUACAGCUAAAGGCCUGCAAAUCGAUAAUAACAAAGAUAAACAAAAAGAUGCUAAUGGUGAUACUAACGUCUCUGACACAUCCUCAGAUUCAGAAGAGGAAGAUAGUGGACCUUCAAAGGAGGAGCGCAUAACUCAAUUUAAGGAGAUGCUUAAGGAGCGAGGAGUGGCACCAUUCUCAAAGUGGGAGAAAGAACUGCCGAAGAUAGUAUUUGAUCCACGUUUUAAGGCUAUCCCAAGUUAUUCUGCUAGGAGAUCCUUGUUUGAGCAUUUUGUUAAAACUCGUGCGGAAGAAGAACGCAAAGAAAAACGUGCUGCACAAAAAGCUGCAAUUGAGGGAUUUAAGCAGUUACUGGAUGAAGCGUCAGAGGAUAUUAAUCAUAACACUGAUUAUCAAACUUUUCGAAAGAAAUGGGGAAAUGAUCCACGAUUUGAGGCAUUGGACCGCAAGGAACGGGAGCACCUAUUGAGUGAAAGAGUGCUUCCUUUGAAGAAGGCUGCUGAAGAAAAGGCUCGAGCAAUGUGUGCAGCUGCUGCUGCAAAUUUUAAGUCAAUGCUUAAAGAACAAGGAGAUAUAGCUUUUAACUCCCGUUGGUCCAGGGUUAAAGAAAGUUUCAGGGACGAUCCAAGGUAUAAAUCUGUGAGGCAUGAGGAUAGGGAAGUUUUGUUCAAUGAGUAUAUAUCUGAAUUGAAAGCUGCUGAACAUGCAGCAGAACGAGAGACCAAAGCUAAAAGGGAGGAGCAGGAGAAGUUGAGGGAGAGAGAACGGGAACUGCGCAAACGGAAGGAAAGGGAAGAACAAGAAAUGGAAAGGGUGCGACUAAAAAUUCGAAGGAAGGAGGCAGUCACUUCUUUCCAAGCUUUACUGGUGGAGACAAUCAAAGACCCUCUGGCAUCAUGGACAGAAUCUAAGCCUAAAUUAGAAAAGGAUCCUCAAGGACGUGCAACCAAUCCCGAACUUGAUCCAGCUGACACAGAAAAGCUCUUUCGAGAACAUACAAAGAUGCUUCAGGAACGUUGUGCACACGAGUUUAGAGUUCUCUUAGCUGAUGUCUUGACUUCUGAAGCCGCAUCUCAAAAAACUGAUGAUGGGAAAACAGUCCUGAAUUCAUGGUCUACAGCUAAACGUCUUUUAAAAUCUGACCCAAGAUAUAACAAGGUUCCAAGAAAAGAAAGAGAAGCCUUGUGGCGCCGGUAUGCAGAGGAUAUGCUGCGGCGACAAAAGUCAUCUCACGAUUCAAGGGAAGAGAAGCAUAUAGGUGCUAAAGGUAGAAAUUCUUUAGAAUCUUCCAAACUUCCAUUUGAGAGAAGAUAAUUUUUGUUGUUCUUUUGUUAUCCUUUUUCUCCUCUCUCUCCUUUGCCAGAGAUUAGGUUUAUUUUGUUUGAAGUCUGAUAUUGGAUCGACGGAGUUGUAAUUGUUGUGUUUAGUAUAUCACUCUAAUUCCUCGGACCUAUUUGGGAUUGUAUGAUCAUCAACAUCAUUUCAUUGUAGAAGUAUCGCUAAUGUGGUCAG